UUGAAAACUCUUUUAAAUCUUCAAAAAUGGAGCUGGAAACUAAUGAUAUAAUUAAUUGUUACUUGUCAGUAAUUGAAAUUGUUGAACAAUUGGUAUCUUACUUUACAAGUGCGGAAACUAAACAUUAUCCAUUGGUUCAUCAAGAAUUAGUAAAUUGUUGUCAAAAAAUCGAUAUUAUUAUAACUUUAGAAACAAAUAACGCAAAUUUUUUAGUGGCAUUAUUUCAACAAAAGCACCAGCUCACUUUUCUACUUGAAAUCAGUGAAAAACUAAUUCAGGCGGAAAUCCGGUUGGAUAUUAAUCGAACAAUCAAUGAGAAACCGCUUCAGGAAGACAAAGUCGAUAAAAUUACAACCAUAAUUAAAAACAGUAUUGAAAAUCCCAAAGUAAAUGGCCUCAGUGAAAUAAUUGGACUAUAUGACAUUAAAAAAACCUUAAAAUCGCUUGUUAUUCUCCCCAAAACUCAGCCGCAAUUAUUUUAUAAUCGUAGAAUUUGUAAUAGUAUUUUACUGUAUGGCCCCCCAGGGACUGGGAAAACGCGACUAGCGCACGCUCUAGCAUCUGAAGCCGCCGCCACUUUUUACUCUAUUUCUGCUGGGGAUGUUUUAUCUCACUAUGUGGGGCAGACGGAAAAAACGAUUAAGGCUUUGUUCCAACAUUUGAAAAAAAGUAGCGAUUUUAGUAUCCUUUUUAUUGACGAAAUUGAUGCGUUUUGUAGGAAACGCAGCGGAAGUGAACAAGAACAUACAAGAAGAAUAAAGACUGAACUCAUGUGCCAAAUGUCGAAUAUUGAAGAUUGCAAAAACAUGUUCAUAGUCUGUGCUACAAACUGUCCUUGGGAUUUAGAUUGUGCCAUUUUGCGGAGGUUUCAGAAACGUAUUUACGUGCCUCUUCCCAGUCAAUUCGAACGAUUGGAGUUUUUCCAGUUUUUUACAAGAAACAUUCGUUUUGAAGGCAGUUAUGUUGACUGGACAGAACUAUUGGAGAAAACUGAAGGUUAUUCCGGUUCGGACUUGAACGAUUUGAUCCAAACCGCCCUAAAUAUCCCUCUGAACGAAUUGGAAGAUACCAAAAUUUGGAAAUGCAGCGAUGAUGGAUUUUACGAACCAAUCAUGGGAGAGCAGGAUUUUUCCAAAGUGGUUUGUUCCGAGUUGCAAGACUUACCUUCAAAUUCUGUUAAGGCGAGGAAUGUCCAAAUGAACGAUUUCUUUAUUGCUAGCGAUUCCGUUAAAUGCACCGUGAGUCAAAGCGAUGUUAAAAAAUACGAGAAUUUUAUUGGGAUUUAAAUGAAAGUAAAAAAUUAGUUUUUUGCUGUAUAUUGAUCUUAAAUUUCCAUAACUUAUGCACAUUUUGACAAUAUUAUGUACAUUAAAAAAUGUCGCUCGUUACUUGCUAAUUUUGAAAAUUUUGCUGUGAUUUCAUAGUUGAAAAAAUUAAAUAAGACGUUUAAAACCUCUUACUUAAUUGUUUCACAAAACAAAAGGAAUGCGCAUUUCACGUAAUUACACAGCCAAAAUAAAAUAACGUUUUCUAGAAUCAGAAUUCUAGUAAUCACAGAAAAAUUUUUGGAGUAUGUUUCAUCAAUUUUUUAAUUGCAUUCACAAUGAAUAUAUUAACCUAUGGCUACACUUUUAUGACUUAAAAAGAAAAUGUUUACAUAAUUUUUCUUACUUAGAAAAUAUUUGAUUAACAUAUAACUUCAUUCAACCUCUCUUGUAACUACAAAAAUAAUACUUUGAGCUAUACAUUUACAAAUAGGCGAAUAAUAUUGUUGGAAAUGUAAAUAAAAAUUUUAGGACUUUGUCGUGCUCUGUGUUGGUGUAUCAUUUAAUGAGCGCUUCGUUUUAUAAAAUCAGUCAUAAAACAACUAAAUAGCUCAAUACAGUAUUGUACUUUAGUCUCUUGUUUUAUUACAAUGCACAUAAGAAAUUAGAAUAGCAAUACGACAUCAACAAGACUAAACAAUAUCUAAUCGUUCUUUAAAGGCCUUCAUCUUUUCAUUUUGUUUCUUUUGUUCAACUUAACACAUCUUUGAUUUCAGUUGUCAAUAUCAAAUUUAAGUAUCACAACUCUUUUUUCUUUAGUACGUAAGAUAAUUUUGAAAUUGACUAGUUUAGUUUCGAAAAAAACUAUUCACUAAUAUUUCUGGACCUGAGUCUUAAAAAGGCCAAUCUCCAUUUUCAUGGUUCUGAAAUAUUAAUUGCACAAGUUUUAAAAGCAUGACUAUAAUUUUAAAUGUGUGAAUAAUUCCAACAGAAGAUUGGCUUUUUUAUAACGAUUCAAAUGAACACAGGAAUUUUAGUGUUGGGGGAGCAUCGAAAAUCGAUGAGAAAGUGGAGACUGGCCGUUUUAAGACUAUAAAGUCCAGAUUUUUGGGUUACGAUCCGUAUACAAACUUUAAAAUUAAUUUGUUAGUUAUAAAGGGAAAUUAUUAAAUAAACUGAUUCUUCUAUCGUU